AUGCUUGCCGAAAAGGUUUUUCUCGUCUUGUUCGUUCUGCUAGCAGGGGACAGCGAAUGCUAUGCUGAAGAUAGUGAUAUAAAGCUCGCCCAAGCCCAGAACCAUUUUGCCCUCAAGCUUCUCAAGGAACUGUCCAGCGAAGCACCGGAAUCGAACAUCUUCUUCUCGCCAACCAGCAUCUUUGUUGCACUCGCCAUGGUCUACGCCGGCGCCAGGGGCAAGUCCGAAACGGAACUCUCCUCUGCUCUCGGCCACACCUCGGCAGGUCUGUCCAGCAGAGAAUCUAUACUGGAGUCUUACAAAAAGAUUCUGGCACAACAGCAGACUGAUGACAAUGUAAGUUUGAUGAUAGCCAAUGCAGUCUUUGUGGAGAAGAACCUGAAAGUCCUCGAAAGUUACCAGAAGGAGCUCGUUGACACCUUUGCGGCAAUGUUCCGGUCGGUGGACGGGGGGGCAGAAAAGUCUGAUAUGGAAUCCGAGGUUAAUGAGUGGGUGAAGAACAAGACCAGAGGCAAGAUCUUGGGCUUCAAAAUUCCCGCAGACGUUGUAAUGGUGAUUCUCAAUGCCAUUUACUUCAAGGGGCUCUGGGAGACUCCUUUCAAUCCCAACAAUACAUCCCCCCUUCCUUUUUACAACAAAGGAUCUCAAGAAAUUGAGGUAGAAACCAUGACGAGACUCGAUAACGUACCGUUCACCUUCGAACCCGAAUUUGCAGCCCUAGAACUGUCCUACAAAGGGGACAGACACUGCAUGGUAAUCGUGCUUCCACAUGAGAAAAAGGGACUUCCCAAACUACGGGACGCCAUAACUGUCGAGACCAUUAAAAAAAUCCAGGGAAGUUUGAAAAACGAUACUGUCAAGAUUCAACUUCCCAAGUUCAACUUGGAAACGGACUACAGCCUCGUCCCUGCCCUGACGAAGUUGGGUGUGCGUUCGAUCUUCUCCGACGCCGAUCUGUCGGGAAUCGCCGGCGACAGAGGGCUGAGGGUAACCGAGGUCCGGCACAAGGCAGCCAUCGAGGUCAACGAAGAAGGCACGGUUGCCACCGGCAUAACAAUAGUGGAAAUAGGAAGAAGUCUUCCAAGACCUUUCGUCGUCGAUAGACCUUUCCUCUUCUACAUCCGCGAGAAGGCAACCGGCCGUGUGCUAUUUCUGGGAGAAGUGCACGAACUCCCAGCCGUUAAGCCCGCCCUUGGCUAGUGCGAUUCUGCACCAACAGAUGGCGAUGGGGUCGCCUUCCAGACCCAUGCACGAAUGCAAUAAAUCGUGUGUGGUGGC